AUGUCCAGCAACCCCCACGAUUCUUACGACCCCAAUCGACAGGGACAGUAUCCACCCCCCCAGUGGAACACCAGUCAACCUGAGGAUAAUCCACCGACUGCUCACUAUCCGCCGGUCUCUCAAUACCCUUAUCCCCCGGCUUCAUAUCCUCCCACAGACCACCAAUAUCCUCCUCCCCCGUCGCAGUAUCCGCCUCCCUCCAACAUGGCUGCCAUUCACCCUCAUGUCCAGGGCCCUCAAGAUCCAUACCGUCUUCCUCCGCCUCCUGGUGCCUACCGAGGCCCGGACGUGUAUGCCCAACCUCCGCCCCCGCAAGUUGUCUACCAAGCAGCUGCCCCACGACAGAGGACUGCCAUUGCUUGCCGUUACUGUCGGAGAAGGAAGAUUCGAUGCUCGGGGUUUGAAAGUUCCCAGGAUGGACGUUGCAGCAACUGUAUCCGAUUCAACCAAGAGUGCAUGUUCACACCAGUUUCGUCCCAGGCCCAAGCCUUCGUCCCGGCGCAUGCCGCCUACCCGCAUCUGAGAAAUGCCCAGAACCAAGGACGUGGCGGUCAUGGAGUCAUGCUUUACGGUGCACAUGGUCAGCCUCUGCCUCCUCAACAACAACCCCAGCCUGCCGGAUCCGAUCUUCCGCCUCCCCAAGGAAUGUAUCAGCAUCCAUAUGGCGGGGCUGCAGCGCCGCCCCUUGCUUCUACCAUGCCGCAAGACCCUAGACCGGGCGGUCGUCGUGGAUCUGGCUCUGGCUUCGAAUACCCUGACCCAACCAAUCUGGCCCCUGUGACCCCGGCCGGUUCCGCUCCAGGAUAUCAAACGCAUACUGCCCCCAGCCCAUACUAUCCCCCGGCCCCGCAUGAUCGACGUACAUCGCCGCAGUCAGCCUACGCAUAUGACGGCCGUCACUCUUCGUCUCCGCACAGCUCCCCAUAUCCUCCCAUGCAUGCCACUCAGGGUGCAAUGACUCCUCCGCCAACAUCCACUCCUACUGGCUCUGUUAACUCGUCAUCUCGCGGUGGACUAAAUGUUCGGGAUAUGCUCAAUCCGGGUGACAGUCAAGGCCGUUCCAGCACCGAUAGUGACAUGCUUAAUGCCUUGAACCGCCGAGGUCUCAACCAAUAA